ACGCCCAAGACGCCCAAGACCCGUAGCACACGUAGGAACUGUGCCCAGGACUAAGCUCGUGUUUCAGGAGAGCAGGAGAGUGAAUUUACUCGCGCACGAGCUCCCGUGUCGCCGGUGUUCCAUAUUUGGUGCACAAAUUACCUUUGAAAUCUUCCUAAUUUCGUGAGAUAGGAGACGGGCGAGACGGAGUCAAGUUUGGUUAGGUUGGUGCGUUGUGAAUAAAACUGGUAGCUGCGUUACUGAUUCGUGGCAAUUGUGGCAGAAGUUGUGUGUAGCGUAUAUGUAGAGUGCUGCAAGUUGAGUGGUGGAUCACAAAGUAAGUCUCAAGGUCCGAAAUCAUCCCGGGCGAUAAGAAUGAAUCCAGAAAUUGUGGCAAUUCGAGGCCUAAUAGCAGUGGCUGUUGGAGUUGGCGUUCUGCUAGGAGUUGCUGGUACAUUCUUAUACCAACAGUUUCUUCCCGAGGAACGUCGUAUGUUACACCAACGAGAAUUUGCUCCACAGCACAGAACAGUAGCAGAAAUGCGAAAUCAGCCCGAUGCUCAGGGUAAAAAAAGUGGAAGAAGAAGUGUUUUUCAGAAAGCCAAAAGGAAGAGUUUGUCAACUACAGAGACUGAAGUUGUGACAGGCAUAGACCAGCAGUCGGCUGUAGAGACUAAUGAUGAUGAUGAUGAUGAUGAAUUCUUUGAUUGUUCAGACGAAAAUAAUGUUGAAACAGAAACAGAUCCAAGACUAGCCAAGCUGUUGGAUAAAGUGGACAUACUCUUCAAGGGGACUGUAGAGUGCAAUAAGACAGCUUAUAGUCUGCUGUUACAACUGAAAGAUCAGUAUGCUGACAAGGUGAAUGUUCUGUGGCGGCUAGCAAAAGCAAGUCAUAUCAUGGGCACCGUGUAUGGCGAAGAAGGCGAUAAUGACAAGAAAAAGGAAUUUUUAUUUGAAGGAUUUGGUUUUGCUAAGCGAGCGCUGGAGCUGGAUGAAUCACACCCAGAAGCACACAAAUGGUUUGCUAUUACUGUCGGCGCUCGUGGUGAAUUUCUUAGUCUGCCUGAAAAAAUUGAGGGUGGUUCUUUGUUCAAAGAACAUGUGGAUAAAGCAUUAGCACUUCAACCAUAUGAUCCUUCACUUCAUCACCUCUUGGGGAGGUUCAAAUAUGAGGUAACAAACCUGUCAUGGAUAGAGAGAAAGGUGGCAGGUGUAAUAUGUGCUGAACCACCCACUGCAACAUACCCUGAGGCAGUGAACCACUGUCUAGAAGCAGAGUACUUGAGUCCCACACCCUGGAAGGAAAACCGCCUUCUUCUGGCCAAGUGUCACUUCAAUCAAGGCAACUAUACUGAUGCUUUCCGUUGGCUUAAGUGUGCAUUACUGGUUCCUGUUGUAACACUAGAUGAUCGGUCAGCAGAUAGAGAGGCGAGGAGCCUGUUGCCAGACUAUGAAAGAUACCUUAAAUGAGUCUUAAGAAUGAGAGCCUCUGAUUCAGUGCUGGGUGACUUCACAUGUGAUUUGUGGUGAAUGAAGUGGCACUGAAGCAUGUUUUUCUCUGAGCUGCUUCAGUUUUCACUCGCUAAUCAUCUCGCUAUCAUUGCUCCAUACUCAUCAUACACUGCCUUGCCAGCUAGCAGUGUUACAUCCUCAGUCACUGAAUAUUGGACUUCAUCUCUCCCAGCAUUUCAGUGAGUGAGAAUUUUUUUUGAUUAGUACAGUAAAACACUGGACAUUUUUUUCUUUAAUUUCCACCAUUGUUCAAAAUAUAAUAAUUUUAAUACAGAAUUGUUACUAAUAUGGGUAUAUUUAGUAUGGUUUUGGUAAACUUCAUGCAGUGCAGUGAUGUGACAUGGAACAUUGCCAUAUCACAUUUUUUCAGUGUCGGACAGCAUAGUGCUAAUUUUUUGUCUGAUUUCCCAUAGGAGAAGGAUCAUGUCUGUCCUGAGUGAUUAUGAGGGAGAGUAAGUAAAUAGGUCUCAAAUGGAUGUAAAACAUAAAAUAUGUGAUAUUCUAACCUGGAAAAAACAUCUAUUUCUUGACAUAUCCUCCACCAGCAUUGAUACAUUUGUCCCAUUGCUCUACCAAUGCAUCAGAAGUCAGCACAGAAGUCAUUUGAGUGUUGUCUCAGCAUCUUUGUCAUCAGCAAAAUGUUUGCCACCAGGGUUAUUUUUUUAGCGGACCAAACAGAUGGAAGUCACUAGGGGCCAAGUCUGGGCUGUAAAUUCCCACUCUAGUUCUUGAAUUUUCUCCUGGGUUUGCUUGGGCUGUAUGGGGUCUGGCAUUUUCAUGAUGAAGCAGUAUCCCUCUUGCCAGUUGGCCUGGACAUUUUCUGUUAAUUGCAUCCAGAAGCUUCAACAGAACUUCACACUACAAUACGGAAUUCACAUUUUCACCACACUUCUGAAAAUGGACUAACAGUACUCCAUGAGAAUUCUAAAACACAGUAAGCAUACCUUAAACUUUGAGCUCUUUUGUUGAAGGUGAACUGGGAUGUUUCCAUUGCGUUGAAGCAGUUUUUGAUUCACUUUUGUGAUGAUGCAUCCAUGAUUCGCCCCAAGUAACAGUCCUGUUAAGCAUAUCUUCUCCUUCAUCUGCAUACCAUAAGAGAUGUUGCAAGGACAGACCCAUUUGGUUCAUUCAGCUCGAUCCUUCAGUUCUCUGGGCACCCACUGUGUGCACACUUUCCAAAAUUCAAAUGAUCAUGCAUUAUGCUGUAUGCUAAACCAUGUGAACACCCUAGUAUAGUUGCUACACUGUGUCCUCCUGUUAGCUCAUACUGUUCCACGCAUUGCACAGAUGCUGCUGUCACAAUCUCAGCAGGGUGACCUGGUCAGGCAUCAUCUGUGACUUUCAAACAUACUUGAGAGAAUUUCUUGACCCAGUUGUGAACUGCUUCACGCGACACGUGCUUCCCACUGUAAAUAGGAAACAUUUCUUUUUAAAUAUCCUUUUCAUUGAGUCCUUUUGUCCGCAGAAAAUGCACAACAGAAUGAUGCUCUAACAAAAACACAACAGAACGCUGCUUUUUGGUAGGAUACUCCUCAAGUAUGGUUGCCAUUCUGACUACUGAAACUAGCCUCUUAACAUGCACAUGCAUGUCUGCUUCCUAGACUGUCAUGAAGUUGGGCUGUGCUGCUACCUAAUGAUAUGCAUAGAAAAUCUUUUAUAUCCAUUACAGCUGUUUUACUUCUAUUUGUGACCUGUUUACUGACUCUCCCUCACAUUCUGAAUAUGGUGGGCUGUGGUACUUCUUCAGGUUUUUGUUAUGAACUGUUGAUAUAUAUGUGUGUGUGUGUGUGUGGCUUGCAGGGGUUUCUUCCUUUCUGUAUUUGAUUGGUAAAGAGUAGAAACCCUCAAACUCAACAGUACUUAUAUUUCACAGUCAUCCUAGAUCAUUGGGUGUCAAGUAAACUACUCAGUAGUUAGAUUUGAUGAUACUUUACAGUGUUUGUUAAUUAAUAAUACCAAGGCCUGCCACCGGACAUGAUUCUUUUAUGCAUAUGGCUAGGUAUUGGAAAACUAUACACAAAUUAAUGAAGUAUGAGUUCGUAAGGUGGGGAUUUUAUAUUUUCAUCAGUUCAUUGCAUACUGCAGUAACUAAAAUCAGCAUUGCUCGUAUGCAGCAUCGAAAACAAAGUGGAUUUGAAUAUAGUUGGAGGUAGAACAAAACAAAAAUAAUCCUCAGGUAUUCACUUAUUUCCUUUGCUGUACCAGGAGUCAGUAGAGUGAUGGACUAUGGGCAGGACAGCCUGGCUUCAAUUCCUGGCAGUGCAGAAUUGUUCUCUUCUUCACAGUGUCCAGAUUGACUCUGGAGCCCACCCAGCCUCCUAUGCAAUGGGUAUCGGGGUGUCUUUCCCGGUUGUAAAUCAACAUGGUUAUGGAGCUGAUCAUUCACUCCAUCUGUUCGUAGUUCUGAGGUCAAGAAAGAUGGAGCUAUACCUCCACUCCUCCAUAUGUCCUCAUGGCAUAGUGCUUAAGUAAUUAAGCACAGGGGCAGCUUUACCUUUUACCUUUUGCAUGCCUCCUCUAUCUCAUGAUGUAGCUGUGUUUAAAAGAGCUCAUCACUUUUCCAGUCUUAAUAUCUUGUGAAUUUAUGUGGCACUUCUGUUCAGUUUGAAGUAGAAAUUGAUGCACACAUGAAACCUUUGAUCUGCUGACAAAACAAACUUCAGAUGGCAUGACUCAUGAGCUCACUUCAGAAUGUGUUACUUCUGAAUGUUGCAAGUUAAAACUUUGAAAAGAAUGACAACCCAGCAGAUUGUACCCUAGCUCCAACUGCCAGAGGAGUUUUGUCUUAAUUAUAGUAGUUUGUAUUGUGGCCAGUCAGGAAACUUUUUGAUUAUGCCACAUAAUGUUCAGUAUAUAUCUGUGUCAUAUCAUUGCAGCUUUCUAACAUGUCUUUUACUCUCUUUUAUUGUUUGAUUAAGCAAUAUGGAUAGAUCCUGUAAUACUGAAGCUCUGUUCCUGGAAUAUGUUAUCUGUGCAUUUUCUCACCUUGUGUCUACAUGAAGUCAUUGGUAAAUAGAGGAUUAUGGAUGACUGAUUCAAAUAGCCACUUUGUACUGGUUUGUAACUAAUUACACUUAUGAAAAACAACACAAAUGUGUUCAUACCGAGAAACGGUAAAGGAAAAUGCAUGGACAUGAGACUGACAGAAGAGUUGUGAUUUGUAAAAGUAGAAGGAAGUUCAGCUUCACUGAAAUGCAUGCAUUCAUGUAGACGCAAGCUGCAGUGGAUCACUGGAGGUGAAUACUCAACAGCAUGUAAUUCAGAUUUGCAUUCACAUCUUGCUAUAGUACUUAGUAAACAGGUGUUAGAAGUUUUCACACACUAGACAAUCUUGCAUGGCAGACUAUCUGUCUGGGCAGGAUUUUGUUCAGAGAAGAAAGUGUAUUUAUUCCAUUCAUCACAAGGUACUGCUUAUUUCCUGAAAUUACAUUCCUAAUAUGUCUGGUCUAUUAUUGAUAAUAUUCUUUUCCUUUGUGAAAGGAAUUCUUUUUAGAAUACUAUCAUUCACAGAAUUACAAGAUUAAUUGAUAUUAUCACUGAUGUGUUCUGAUAUCAAAUUUUUAUUUUAAGAAGUUCCCCAAAAAUGCAGUUUACGAAAUUCAUGUCUGAUAAAAGUUAUGUGCCUUAUUACUUCAAAUAUAAUAUGCACAUUUUUCACAUUUUUUCUGUUGAAAAAUUGAGGUGCAUUUUAAAUUUAGUAAUUAUUAACCAGCUUGCAAACUGUCCACAGGGUAGCCUGGGAAGAACCUAAUGUAAACACAUUUGAUGUGAGCCAUCAAGCCACAUCAUCCUUCCACCUUUAACUGAGUCAUUCCCCAACUUUCAGUUCAGUCAUCGCCUGACAUUCUUAUUUGUCAGGUGUGGCCAUUUUUCUAUCAGUUUUUACCCAUGGAAAAGCAUUUUACAUUCGAUGAUGAAUUCAAAAGAAAAGCUAUUCUUUGCACUGAGAAGAUAUGUAAUCAUGCAGAUGGUAGAAAGUAUACAGUAAGUGAGACAGUAUACGUCAUUGGCGAAAUAUAAAAACAAAACAAUUUUCAUGUCUGACAAGUAUAACCCCUUUUUCUGUACCAAGGAAAGAGAGAAAUCCUGAGAUUGAUGCUUCUGCUUUAGAAUAUUUCAAAGAUUUAUGAAAUAAAGGAUUACCUGUAACUAGGAAAGCCUGAAUAUCAAAAGCAAAAGAAUGUGCUAGAAACAGUAAUGUACUAGUCAUGGAUGGUGUGAAAAGUUUAUGAAGAGAGGAAGCUUAUCAUUAUGAUGAAGGACAAAAAUUAGUCAGAAACUUCCUUCAGAAUUUGGAAAUAAACUGAUUGAAUUUCAGUGUUUUGUUAUUGCAUUAUGCCAAAGGAAUAAGUAUUCUUUAAGUCAAAUUGGUAAUGCUGAUAAAAACUACAGUUUCUUGACAUGCCUUGCAAUUGUAGCAUAAAUUUAAAAGGGGCAAAACAAGUGGCAGUGAAAACCACAGGCUACAAAAAUUUACGUGUUACUGUCAUACUGCGUAUAGCCGCAAAUGGCAAUAAAUUACCACCAUACGUACUGAUUUAAUGUGACAGCUGUUACCAGCUGCUUCAGUUUGCUCAGUGCGUAGUUUUAGCUUUCCAUGUAUUGGACAUGACUGUUGUUUGUACUUCAGUGCAAUUGUUGGAUUCUGUAAGGUGUACUGAAUAAUUUUGUAGAAUCAAAAUGAAUAUCUGUGACAUACAAAUAAUGAAUAUUUACUGUCACAUGGCACUAUAUAGUCUGACAUUCCUGGCAGUGUUAUUAAUGUAAACAACAAAUAAAGUAAAUAAAAACUCAUUGUCAUUAA